AAGCGCCCAUCUCCUCUCACUCCAGGUCUCUCGCAGUCUCUCCCCCAGGUGACGAGCCAGGAUCUUGACCCUGGAUGAGGGGCGCUCGGCGCCAGCCAGAACUGACAGAUUGGGCGACCUGCAUGAUACAUGCCAUGGAUCUACACAUUUGGUUGCGUCUGCACAUUGCCUGCUUUAGCACCGAAGAAAAAAUAAGAAACGGCUUUUCGCUGUCAGAAGCCUCCGAGCGGAGCCCCGAUCUCCCUGGCCCUUGCUUGGAGCUAUAGAGAUAAACCUGGUCUUCAACUCAACCCCAUCGAACCGGGGUCCUGGCUCUUUUCUUUCUCAACCGUGUGUGGAAACUUGAAAGAGAGAGAGAGAGAGGUCCCAGAGCAAAAAGAGAUAUAACAGAGACAGAGAUCCAUCGCGACCGGGAACUUGAUAAUCAGGGUCUGACCCGUUGUCGAUGACUCGUCUUGUUUCUUCCUCCCGAUCAACACACACCUUUUGCCCCCAAAGAUCUCACACUUUUCAACGUUGUUGUUCCUUGAUCAAGAUCUCCGCAAGUGCUAGGCAUCAUUUCUGCCUUUCUUCUCUUUGCUGGCUUACACACUCUUGAUCUGGAUAUCAUCAUCACUCCGGACCCCGACGUCUACUACCUACAACAUUAAACAACAUGUUUGUCAGGUUACAGGAUCACCAGGACGGCAUGGACAGACUGCCGCCUCCGCCAGCUAUGAGUUACCACCAGAGCCGCACCGACGACGUACCAAGGGUGUUACCAAGCCUCUCAUCAUUCAGCUUCGACGACAGGAUGGACGUGGACGCUCGUCACGAUACGAAGCCGGGCCAGCGUCAUGAGGUGGAAGUGGCAACAACCUUGGCCUCCAUGGCAUCAUUCAACAUCAAGUCACCUACUCUUCCUUCUCCCACUCAGAGCUUCACCUCAAUCAAGUCGGAUGCCAUGACGAGAUCAACAAACUCUCAGUUCUCAUCCCCUGAGCCGCGGUCACCAGAUCUCCCUUCUGUCAACAGCCAACUUUCCUUCACCAAGGAUAGCACGGCACAGAUUACGCUCCCCCGCCUUCGUGAACUGGAUCUGCGGCUCCCCGAGCCCGAGUUCGUCCCCAGCCCGAGCUUCAUGCCGUCCGCUAUGGCUGGAGGGCCUCGCCGAAGUAGUAUCGACUCCCUCGGAUCCUUCCAAGAACCCAGGAUGGACCUCUCUUCACCAACAGCCUACCGAAUCCCGAUGCCACCGAUGGCCUACCCGGACGCACUCCCCUCGCCCACCGUCAGCAACUCCCACCGCAACCCCCUCUCGCCACCCGGCCGCCGUCUCCAGCACAGGUUACCAGUGACUCUACGGACCGGCUGCAGCCCCAGCCGGAGACCUCGCCGAUCGCCCACGGGGUCCCGCUGCAACGUCAAGUACACGAUCCAGCAGGUCGACUUCAUCGACUACUUCCGCGUCGACCACCACCUGUCCUGGAAGGAGGUCGAGGCCAAGUACGCCUCCGUCUUCCCCGAGGACGCCGCAAAGGGCCACAAGCGUGGGCCCCAAGGCUUGCAGGGCGUCUACUACCGCAAGAACAAGCAGAUCCCCGCCACGGACCCCAACAACCUGCUCGUCUUUGACGAGGACGACAACCCAAAGACGUUCCAGUGCGACGUCCGCGAGCAAGGGAAGAAGAUGAACAACUCGAUUGGCCUGCUGGGCAUGCACCCUGAGCGCGCCAUCACGUAUGCGUGGGUUUCGGAAGAGCACAAGCGGCAAUACGACAAGCUUGGCCGCGCAAGACAAGCUCAGCUCGACGCUGCGGAGGCACGGAAGAAGAGGAGACGAGCAAUUCAGAACAGCCGUCUUUGAUUUUCUCCUUCUACCUUUUCUAUCCCUCUAUCUCAAGUUUGCACUUUACUUCUACUCAUGAUAUCCACUUUUUUACUCUUCAUCUUCCCGUCCCUAUGGGAAUCUAUAUACUACACACUUUGAGGAAAAGCUGCAAGAAGUAGCUCCCCUCACGACUUCGCCAAAAGAAAAAAAGGGAAUACACAAAACAUCACGCUACACGAAGCGUGUAAUCAUUCAUCUAUCCAAAAGCGCAAGAGACACACGCAAAAAAAAACUUGGUUUUCUCAGAAGUGUACGAUGACGAAGAUUUGAGUCUGAUGACGGGGCAGGUGCGUUGAACACAAGCAACAUGGGAGUUUCAUUCAUUUUUUCCAUUUCCUUCACUUCUUGGUUUCCCCCCAACUUUCUCUGCAAUCAUGGUCACGGUACCAAAAAGGGAAUGUUUGGCAGGGUUUUUUUUUCCCCCAACCAUUGAGGGCGGCACAGCAACAAGCGCAGGAUACGCCGGGAGCAAGAGAGGGAGUUUUUUCUGGGGGGUAGUCUUAUGAAAUGGGAUGUUGCAUGUGGUGUGAAAUGGUGUGCAUGGAUCAAGAUAGCAUGGAACAUGGGAACAAUGGAUCAAAGGGAACACGUUGAUGACAAGGAGUUGAAAGAGAAAGCAUUAUGCAUUUUUUUGUUGUGUUUGGUUUCCGCACCUAACAAUCUGGGGGGGCUCGAAAAAAAGAAGAUACCAGUUGGUUGUGGUGCGUUAUGUGGGAUGAGAUGAGAUGGGGAUGGGAAAGCAAGGGGGG